UAUCUUCAUUGACCGCUGGUCCACCUCCGUCUGCUUGAUGAUUUACAAUAAUGGCGACGCUUUUAUUCUGAGUGUACUUCUGCAAGCCAUUUGACAAAAUAAAUACAUUCGAGGAGAACAAUCAAAUACAUAUGAUAAUAAACGUAGCAGGAAACAAUUAUUCCAACAAAAAAAGGACUAAACUACACUACCUGGCUAAUGUGUUUACUUAAGUUGUGGAGGUGGCAUUCUUGCGGAGGCACAAGCGCUAACGUUAGCUAGCAGCUAACAAAGGUCUACAAUUUCGUGACGAUGUGGCUACUUUACAAGCUCUUGGGGUGACACUUUCUUGUGGUCUUGGGACGAAAACCAACUUGAAGGGGAUACUGAGACGUAUCAGUUAUUUCCACAACGUUACAGAACAGCUUGUGGAGUGGAAAGUGCGUGCCAUUCAACAGCUUACUUUGUCAGCUAACGUUAACUCGCUAGCUAGCAUUUAAGCUAUCUUGGCUUUGCUUCCCAGUUCACUGCGUUGUUGUUGUUUUUAGUUGGUUAACUUAACGUAUAACAUUCACAUUACGAUACAUUUGACUAACACAUUUGUUGCUAGGGUGUUUCUGCUAUCUUGUUUUUGAACGUUACAGUAAGCAGGCUAGCCACACAGUUCGGCGUGCUACUUGCAAACUAACAAGAUAUUGCUGAAUUGUGUUCUUCUGGACAACAGACCGAUUUUGCAUCGCAAAAUUAUCCUGCCGAACACAGUUAACGUUAGUUAGCAAUCUAGCAUAUUCUGCUAGCUGGCAAUUUGCGACACCUUUUCGUAAAUGACUACCGGCAGGAAUAACCGUGUGAUGAUGGAAGGAGUUGGUGCAAGAGUGAUCCGCGGACCCGAUUGGAAAUGGGGUAAACAGGAUGGUGGAGAGGGACAUGUAGGCACCGUCAGGAGUUUUGAAAGUCCGGAAGAAGUGGUUGUUGUCUGGGAUAACGGGACUGCAGCCAACUACCGGUGCUCUGGUGCAUACGACGUGAGGAUAUUUGAUAGUGCUCCCACAGGUAUCAAGCAUGACGGCACCAUGUGCGACACCUGUCGUCAGCAGCCUAUCAUCGGGAUCCGCUGGAAGUGUGCUGAAUGCAACAACUAUGACCUCUGCACCACCUGUUACCAUGGAGACAAGCACCACCUGCGACAUCGCUUCUACAGGAUCACUACCCCUGGUAGCGAGAGAGUCCUGUUGGAGUCUCGCCGUAAGUCGAAGAAGAUCACAGCCCGAGGCAUCUUCACCGGUGGCCGGGUGGUGAGAGGAGUGGACUGGCAGUGGGAGGAUCAGGAUGGAGGCAACGGAAGGAGAGGAAAGGUGACAGAGAUCCAGGACUGGAGUGCAGCCAGCCCCCACAGUGCAGCCUACGUCCUCUGGGACAAUGGGGCCAAGAACCUCUACAGAGUGGGCUUCGAGGGGAUGUCAGAUUUGAAAUGUGUCCAGGAUGCCAAAGGAGGCUCUUUCUACAGAGACCACUGCCCUGUUCUCGGUGAGCAGAAUGGCAACAGAAACCCAGGCGGUUUGCAGAUCGGAGACCUGGUCAACAUCGACUUGGACCUGGAAAUAGUCCAGUCCCUGCAGCACGGCCACGGAGGCUGGACAGACGGUAUGUUCGAGACUCUCACCACCACCGGUACCGUGUGUGGCAUCGACGAGGACCACGACAUUGUGGUGCAGUACCCCAGUGGGAACAGGUGGACAUUCAACCCUGCAGUGCUGACCAAGGCCAACGUGGUGCGUAGUGGGGAAGGUGUUGCGGCGGGGGCAGAGGGAGGCAGCUCCCAGUUCCUGGUGGGAGACCUGGUCCAGAUCUGCUACGACAUCGACCGCAUCAAGUUGCUGCAGAGAGGCCAUGGGGAGUGGGCCGAGGCCAUGCUGCCUACCCUGGGCAAGGUGGGCCGCGUGCAGCAGAUCUACUCUGACAGCGACCUGAAGGUGGAGGUGUGUGGAACGUCAUGGACCUAUAACCCUGCUGCCGUCACCAAGGUGGCCCCCACUGGCUCGGCUGUCACCAACGCAUCCGGAGAGCGUCUGUCUCAGCUGCUGAAGAAGCUGUUUGAGACCCAGGAGUCGGGUGAUGUCAAUGAGGAACUGGUCAAAGCAGCAGCCAAUGGAGACCUGGCCAAGGUGGAGGACAUCCUCAAGAGACCUGACGUGGACGUGAACGGGCAGUGUGCUGGACACACAGCCAUGCAGGCGGCCAGUCAGAACGGACACGUGGACGUCCUCAAGCUGCUGUUGAAACACAACGUGGACCUGGAGGCUGAGGACAAGGAUGGAGACCGGGCGGUGCACCACGCGUCCUUCGGAGACGAGGGCUCUGUGAUCGAGGUGCUGCAGAGGGGCGGUGCCGACCUGAACGCCAGGAACAAGCGCAGACAGACCCCACUGCACAUUGCUGUCAACAAAGGCCAUCUGCAGGUGGUCAAGACCCUGCUGGACUUUGGCUGCCACCCCAGCCUCCAGGACUCAGAGGGAGACACGCCCCUGCAUGACGCCAUUAGUAAGAAGAGGGACGACAUGCUCUCUGUGCUGCUGGAGGCGGGAGCUGACGUCACCAUCACCAACAACAAUGGAUUCAACGCCCUGCACCACGCCGCCCUGCGAGGGAACCCCAGUGCCAUGCGUGUGUUGCUGGCCAAGCUGCCGCGGCCCUGGAUCGUAGAUGAGAAGAAAGAUGACGGUUACACCGCCCUGCACCUGGCGGCGCUCAACAACCACGUAGAGGUGGCCGAGCUGCUGGUUCACCAGGGCAGUGCCAGCCUGGACAUCCAGAACGUAAACCAGCAGACAGCCCUGCACCUGGCUGUGGAGAGACAGCACACACAGAUAGUCAGGCUGCUGGUGCGAGCAGAGGCAAAGCUGGACGUGCAGGACAAGGAUGGGGACACUCCUCUCCACGAGGCGCUGCGUCACCACACGCUGUCCCAGCUCCGCCAGCUGCAGGACAUGCAAGACGUCAGCAAGGUGGAGCCCUGGGAACCCUCCAAAAACACGCUGAUCAUGGGCCUGGGCACCCAGGGAGCAGAGAAGAAGAGUGCAGCGUCCAUCGCCUGCUUCCUGGCAGCUAACGGAGCAGACCUGACCAUGCGCAACAAGAAGGGCCAGUCCCCUCUGGACCUCUGCCCCGACCCCAGCCUCUGUAAGGCCCUGGCCAAGUGCCACAAGGAGAAGAUCAGUGGCCAGGUGGGCUCUCGCAGCCCGUCUCUGAACAGUAACGGUGAGACCCUGGAGGAGUGUAUGGUGUGUUCUGACAUGAAGAGAGACACCCUGUUCGGACCGUGCGGACACAUCGCCACCUGCUCUCUCUGCUCCCCCCGCGUCAAGAAGUGUCUCAUCUGCAAGGACCAGGUCCAGUCCAGAACCAAGAUCGAGGAGUGUGUCGUAUGUUCUGACAAGAAGGCCGCCGUGCUUUUCGAGCCCUGCGGUCACAUGUGCGCUUGUGAAAACUGUGCCGGCCUCAUGAAGAAGUGCGUACAGUGCCGGGCUGUUGUGGAACGCCGCACGCCCUUUGUCCUUUGUUGUGGAGGGAAAGGUAUGGAGGGUGAUGCCGCUGAUGAUGAUGAUGAUGAUGAUGAUGAUGAUGAUGAUGAGGACCUUACAGGUAACUCGAACUCAGCUCUAAUGGCAGGGGGCUCGCUGGAUCUGCUCCAGCCCAACAAUCUGGCACUAAGUUGGUCCAGCGGUAACAUCCCAGCCAUGCAGAGAGACAAAGACAACACCAAUGUCAACGCUGACGUUCAGAAACUGCAGCAGCAACUGCAGGACAUCAAGGAGCAGACCAUGUGUCCGGUGUGCCUGGACCGGCUGAAGAACAUGAUCUUCAUAUGUGGCCACGGCACCUGCCAGCUGUGUGGUGACCGCAUGAGCGAGUGCCCCAUCUGCCGCAAGGCCAUCGAGAGGCGCAUCCUUCUGUACUAGAGUCCCAGGCUUCAGUCUGAGCCUUCUACACCCCCACCACCCCCCAUGUCAAGGCCCUUCGAGAGGCGCAUCCUUCUGUACUAGAGUCUCAGGCAGGUCUCGGCCUAAUCCCCCUCCCCCCCCCCCCAUCUACAACCAGCCACACCAGCUGCUGCUCUCCCAUCUAUCUCGGCGUCUUUACACCAGAAAAACAAAAACAUCAGAAUUAAAAAUGGAAACUUUGUUAUAAAACAAUCAAACAUUGUACUGAAAGAGGUCUUUGGUGUUGUAGCUCAGCUGAAAGCCUGUAGCAGCCUGAUUCUUUGCUUUUCUACCCAGAAUAUCCUUUCUCCUCUCUCUCUCGUAUCUCUCUCUCGCUCUUCUCCCCCUCCUCUCUGUUGUUUUCCUGUUUAUGUGUGAGAACGCCUCUUCCUGUUAUUAUUGUAGUGUGGUUAUAGGCACACAUCCCAACACUGCCCUAUGUUGGCCUUGGGAUAUGGACUGAGGGAUAUGGUCAGAGCCACUUAGUCCCAUUUACAAGGUCCUAUUCAUUAGGACACACUCUGCCUCUCCUGUCGAAGGGCUGCCUCUCCUGUCGAAGGGCUGCCUCUCCUGUCGCUAAACUUAAAACCCAUUUAUCAUUGAUUCUAUUUGUAUUUCUUAUGCAAGAGUAUUGGUAAUAGAAGCUACUGACAUGGAUAUUCACUACUUUUGUAGUUUACUCAACAUUUGAUGAUCGCUACAAUAUGAUGACAUAUUUUUGUACAUGAAAAAAAAAAUGCGAUGUCCAGCACUUUUACAAGUUCAACCAGUCUUCUGCUACAUGUGCAUAUUUGAGAUGGGUUGUCGUGACAUGUUGGCGAUUUUGGCAAUGAGGCCCUUUAUUUCCCCAGUCAGAUGAACUUGUGGAUACCAUUUUUAUAUGUCUGUGGAGUUUGAAGGAAGUUGCUAACUAGCGCAAUUGCUAACUAGCGUUAGCGCAAUGACCUGAAGUCUGCGUACUAUGCUAGCAGAUACAAUAGACUUCAGUCAUUGUGCUAAUGCUAGUUAGCAAUGGAUCGCUAAAACUACCUCUAACUUCCUUCAUACUGGACACAGACAUAAAAAUGGUACCCACAAGUUCAUUGGACUCUGGGGCAGUAGACAAAGGUCAUUGCCAAAAUCCCGAAGUAUGCCUUUAAGACCUGCACAGGGCAGGUUAGCACAAAAACUGCUGAUUGAACUAAAGCAAAAUUGCUGUUCUGUUUGUCUAGACUUUGGAGGUCCAAAUCCACCUUAACUCUGACUGACUGAUAAGGUGGUGAUACCGCUGCAGUCCAAUCGUCUGCUAACACCUCAUCACCUGUACCUUGUUUACCAACCUCUCUCUCUGGAGAAACACAGGCAGUACAACUUUAGCAUUACAACACCCUUGGUCUGCAAUUGUUAAUACUUAAGUACAGUAGACCCAGUAUAGAUGCAAGUCAAGACAGUGUUUCAUUCAGCCUACUUAUAAGUGAAUACUAUCAUGUACCUGCUGGACAUUUCUGAGGAUGAAUGAACUUUAUUGAGCAUUUGUACAAACAGAGUAUGUCAUCAUGAAUGACACAAGUUGUUUUAGAGCUGUUCCAAGACUAUAGAUGGUAUUACCUGUCUGGUAUACAACCAUCCUAUGAUUCUUAUAAGCAUCGCUAAUAACCAUUGAUUAUUCAUGUGCCAUUGCUUCCAAAAAUGAUUUACCUGUUAAAUGUUGUUUGGGGAUAAGGUGCUUUUAAUCUGGUAUUGCUUUUAUUUAAAUGUAUUUUGCAGAAUGUUUUGUAAUAAACACAUUUAUUGAGCUAGAGUAUACAAUCUAAUAGAAAGCCAAGAUGAUAAAAUGUAGAGUAAAUUAUUUUGUAUUCCUGCCCACAAAUAGGAUUUAGAAGUAUAUCUCUAUAGAGCCUUAGCUAUAAUGUAAUGUAGCCGUCCACUCUCAACCACACAUCCUGCUUCAAUAUCAAUGUUGAAAUGUGUCUUUUAGUUUGAUAGACUUCAAGCAAAAAAAACACUAAGCAUUAUUUGAUCUUGUUUUGUCUGCAAGUCUAACAUGUUCAGAGUCAAUAAUGAGAUUGGUGAUGAGGGAGACAAUGUUGUCAGGUUUUACAUGUAUUCUUCUGCCAGUGUUUUGGGGGAUAGAAAGAAAAUGGUUCCACUGGUGAAGUUGACACUAAUAAGGCAGAUCCGUCUGUGUGGAGCUGUUCACCUCGGUAUAAGCUGACCAGCUUGACCACACAAAUAAGCAAUUUUAUAGGAAAGAACGAAAAGUAACUUCAUACUUUUUUACUCCCCGUUUUUAUUUCACGGAUGGCGUUAACAUUCUAAAAGCACUAAUAUUGCUUUAUGGUAGUAUUGUCUUGUUAGUUGUUAUAAAGGCCUAUUUUGUACCUUAUGUUCAAAACGUAUUAUACCCGUCAAGAUUUAAAGGUUUCAAUAGUAUUCUUUCCCUUUUUAGGCAUGAAUAUUUUAUUUAUGCAGUAUGACAUGUAUUAUAAAAGCUGGUCACUCUGUAUUGCUUAAGUGCUUUUCAAAGCACCAUGUAACUGAAAUAAAGUUCUGAAUGAAUCUUGAGACCUCUA